UUAUCAACCCCGCCCACAACCCCUUUCGUUAUCUUUCCCUCCCUCUCUUAGGCUCCUCUGCUCACUACUGCUGCCCCUUCUGCUCCUGACCUCCAUCCCAGUAAUGCCUAGCUUGUAGACAGUGCACCUACCUCAGCCCAGCUGCCUCUCUCCUUAUCUUAGCUGAUUGCUUGGGAAAUUGACCUUCCAUUUUGCUUCCUGUGGCCGUCAGUUCAUCCUUGCUGGUAUACUGUCAAGAGCAGCUGAGAGCCAGGCCAUUGUGUGAGCAUGGAACAGCAAACACGGCUUCUCAGCUAAGCCCUCUUAAAUUGGUCCUAUUGUGUGCAUUCGAAAUUGGAUAUCCUUUCUACGGUCAUGUGUAUUUCCAAUUUCCAAAGCAGCUUUGUCUUAUUGUGAAUUAGUUAUGCGGAAUCCACAAUUUUGAGCAUGUCUGCCCAUGUCAUGGUGGGCAUCUUGUGCUGAGCUUGCUUGCCGUUUGGCGCGCCCAUGGCGCCCAAGAGCAAGCGUGGCAAGGCCAAGGGCGAGAAAAAGAAGAAAGAUGAGAAAGUGCUCCCUGUGGCCAUUGAUAUCACUGUCAACCUCCCGGAUCAGUCUGAUGUCAUUCUCAAGGGAAUUUCCACGGACAGGAUCAUUGAUGUGAGGAGGCUGCUCUGCGUCAACACCGCCACCUGUGCAAUCACAAACUACUCCCUCUUGCAUGAGACUCGUGAUGGUCACUUGAAGGAUGGCGUCGAUAUUGCGACACUGAAGCCAUAUACUCUCACCCUGGUAGAAGGGGAGUAUGACGAGGAUAGUGCGUUGGUGCACAUACGGCGGCUGCUGGACAUUGUUGCGUGCACCGCCUCCUUUGGCUCUCCACCACCUCCGCCGCCUCCUCCAUCCCCCAAGGAUGCUGAUGCCACCAAGGAGCCCUCCAACUCCAGCUCCAAGCCUGCAGAAGCGGCCUCCUCGGGCGGGCGCCGCACGGGCUCGCCACCGCCCCUGCCGAAGGAAUCAGCUGCAAAGGAUGCUGAUGCAGCGGCGGCCAAGGAGGACGCGGUCUCGGCGGAGCUGGAGGCGGAGAUGAGCGGUGCAUGCCCCCGCCUUGGAGCAUUCUACGAGUUCUUCUCUCUUGCUAACCUCUCACCGCCCCUCCACUUUAUAAAGCGAGUGAUUCAACCUCGACAGGAGGAGCAACCGUCUGAUGACCAUCUCUUCUUCCUUGAGGCAAAGCUUUCUAAUGGGAAAUUUGUCAUUGUUGAAGCUCGGAGAAAGGGGUUCUUUAGUUUUGGGAAACAGCGUGUUUUGUGCCACAAUCUUGUCGACCUAUUGAGGCAUCUCAGCAGAGCAUUCGAUAAUGCAUAUGAGGAUCUUAUGAAGGCAUUUUUGGAACGGAACAAGUUCGGAAAUUUUCCUUAUGGUUAUCGUGCAAAUACAUGGCUUGUUCCUCCGAUUGCUGCCCAGUCACCAUCAACAUUUCCUCCCCUUCCUGCUGAGGAUGAAACUUGGGGAGGCAAUGGAGGUGGUUGGGGAAGGGAUGGCAAAAGUGACAUGUUGCCAUGGGCAGAUGAGUUCAUGUAUCUCACAUCCAUGCCUUGCAAAACUGCUGAGGAGAGGGAAAUUCGUGACAGGAGAGCAUUCCUACUGCACAGUCUAUUCGUAGAUGUUGCCAUCUUUAGAAGUAUUGCAGCCAUCCGGCAUGUAAUGGAGAGUACGGAUGUAUCAACAUCAAUCAAGACAGAUGAGGUCUUGCAUUCUGAGACGGUGGGAAAUUUUAGCAUCACUGUCACAAGAGAUUCUUCAGAUGCAAGCUGCAAGCUGGACACUAAGAUAGAUGGAAGCCGAGCCACAGGAAUGGACUCUAAGCAUCUUGCAGAGAGAAACCUUUUGAAAGGAAUAACUGCAGAUGAAAACACUGCUGCACAUGAUGUUGACAGUUUGGGCAUCGUGAAUAUUAGAUACUGUGGAUACGUUGCUGUAGUAAAGGUUAACAAUUACGAGAAAACUAUUGUGACUUCUUUUAAGCCUGCUGAUAUCACGGAUCAACCUGAAGGGGGUGCUCAUGCAUUGAACAUUAACAGUUUGAGGAUGCUCCUAAAUGAAGCCAAUGCAACUGGAGAAAAGAAGUUACCAACACAAAGUCAUAGGCAGGAAGAACUAACUGCAGCACAAACUUAUGCUGAGAACGUGUUGAAGGAAAGUCUUCAAAAUCUUGAGGAAGAGGAGACUGAUAAACAAUCAUUUAUGAGAUGGGAACUUGGUGCCUGUUGGGUUCAGCACCUGCAAGAUCUGAAAAAAUCUGACAAAGACAAAAAACAAGGUGAUGGGAAGGAAAAGAAGAAAACGGUAGACAAAGAUGUGAAAGAGACGAAGAUUGAAGGGCUUGGGAAGCCUCUCAAAGCUCUUAAACAUCCGAAGAAUGCGGUUGAUGCUUCUGGCAAGGGAUCCUCAUCAGGGAACAAAAGUUUGACUGAUGCAACAAGCUCUGGGGAAAGCCAGAAAGUCAAGCCAUCAUCUGUUGAACCGCUUCAAGGAGACUGCAUCACCUCCGAGAAUGAAAUCUUGCUGAAGGAUGUAUUACUGGAUUCCGCCUUUACAAGGUUGAAAGAUUCAGAAACAGGACUCCACCAGAAGUCACCAUCUGAGUUGAUUGAGAUGGCUCUGAAGUUCUAUGAUGAAGUUGCGCUUCCUAAGCUGGUUGCCGAUUUUGGUUCUUUGGAACUUUCACCUGUUGAUGGUAGGACAUUGACAGAUUUCAUGCAUACCAGGGGCCUGCAGAUGCGCUCCCUAGGACGAGUUGUCAAACUUUCAGAGAAGCUCUCACACGUACAGUCCCUUUGUGUGCAUGAAAUGAUAGUGAGAGCAUUCAAGCAUAUUGUCCAAUCUGUUAUUGCAGCUACUUCGGACAUGAGACAAUUAGCAUUAACAAUAGCUGCAGUGCUGAACUUACUUCUUGGUGUUCCUGAAUCUGAAUUUUCUGGAAGUUCUCCUGCUGUGCAUCCCCUGGUGUGGAGAUGGCUUGUUGCCUUCUUGAAGAAGCGAUACCAGUAUGAGCUCACAGGGCAACAUUAUGAUGAUGUGAGGAAAUACGCUAUAUUGAGAGGACUAUGCCAUAAGGUGGGCAUUGAAUUGGCACCGCGAGAUUUUGUCAUGGAUUCUGCUUUCCCGUUUUGCAAACAGGACAUUAUUAGCCUUGUGCCCGUACAUAAGCAAGUUGCGUGCUCAUCUGCAGAUGGAAGGCAACUUCUAGAAUCCUCUAAAACAGCUCUUGACAAGGGUAAACUUGAAGAUGCUGUUAAUUAUGGAACCAAGGCCCUUGCCAAGCUCAUAAUGGUGUGUGGUCCCUAUCAUCGAAUGACGGCUGGAGCUUAUAGCCUUCUAGCUGUUGUUUUGUACCACACUGGUGAUUUUAAUCAGGUAGAUGGUUAUUCAGCUGCACAGCACAUAGUCUAUAAUAAUUGUUAUGCAUGUUUUGAAGACAAUGCAAGUGAUAGCACUGUUUAAUUAAGUGAGGAUUAUUGAACAUGAGAUGAUAUAAAGACUUACGCCAUUGCACUUUCUUUAUGUAUAUAUUAGUUUAUACUUAGAAAUAAUAUAUACUUCUAGCAUUCUUUGCUAAGCAUACUUCAGUUACAAUGUGAGCGAAAGAUACAUAAAGGUGUUAUUGGGUUAGACUAACUAUAACACCGAAGGAAUAUGUAGGGAAGAUACAGAACAAAUUCUGGUAAAACUGAGACUUUCUUGUAUUUUUAGGAGGAUC